CCAGCUCCGCACUGCAACUUUCGCUCGGGCUGCAGCUCUGCUGAGACGGUUUUGUCUAAAUCAUGUGAGGCUUCAUUAUUUUUAUGAUGAGACAUGAAAUAGACGCAGGCGGAAGAUGUUGAUGGAAGGAGGGAGAGCGGCUGCGGGGCGGAAUGUCUCAAGUACGACUCGAGUGGAUAAUAGUCAAAGUUCACGAUGAGCUGCAGCAUCUCUGCACCCCUGACUCCCGGGAAGAGAGGGGCAAGCAGAGUUUGGAACUGGGAAAUAUGCGCUCGGGCUCGGCCCACAGGAAGGGAAUUCAGUCCGAGGUGGGUCCCGGACCCCCUCUCCUUACUUGCUGGCAUUCAGGACUCCCUUCCCCAAGAGUUGAAUUACAACCUUUGGAUUCUUGUUGGCACCCCACCUCUCCCCACUCUGUCCUAAUAACAAAACCAUGGUUCCUACGAGGUGGAAAAGUGACUAUUUGCAGGGGAGAGGGUGACUGGGGACAAGUGGCCAGAAGGGAGAGGUUCCAGAAACAAGGUGCCUAUGUCCUAAUAGGCUGAGAUUCAAACUGAUGCAGCCCAUUUUUACGGGGACGACCCAGAUUGCUGUUAUGAAACACAAGUUAGAUUUAUGGUCUUUUUCAUACUGAGCAUGAUAUGCUAUGCUAACGCUGCAUGUGACAGUUUAAUCAAAUCCAUUUGUUACCACGAAGCUAAAAGGGGCCGCUGGGAUUUUAGGAUUAUGGGCAGAGUUAGGGAAGCAUGUGGCUUUGUCAUUCGCCAUCAUUUUGCACACUGCCACGCUGUGAGGGGCUCUGUGUGUGCUCUGUGUCUGGUCUGGCCGCCCUCAUCCCUUCCCCCACCCACUGUCGCCACUCUGACCCGCUCCCAAAGUGGCUUCACAAUAGUCGGUCCUCGGCUGUGUAGGCUGCGCACCAGGUCCGCACUUGAGCUAAAUCCAGAAGACCCCCUUCCACCUCUACCUUUGGGUUUGGUGCUCAAUGCAAAGCUGCUGCAACUCGGGGACGUCUAAGUCAACUCAUGCAGAAAAAGGAGAAAAGUUUUGGUAUACAAAUGCUCUCAGUCCAGCCAGACACCAAGCCGAAAGGUUGUGCUGGCUGCAACCGAAAGAUUAAGGACCGGUAUCUUCUAAAGGCACUGGACAAAUACUGGCAUGAAGACUGCCUGAAGUGUGCCUGCUGCGACUGUCGUUUGGGAGAGGUGGGCUCCACCCUGUACACUAAAGCUAAUCUUAUCCUUUGUCGCAGAGACUAUCUGAGGCUCUUCGGUGUAACAGGAAACUGUGCUGCCUGUAGUAAGCUCAUCCCUGCCUUUGAAAUGGUGAUGCGUGCCAAGGAUAAUGUUUACCACCUGGACUGCUUUGCAUGUCAGCUUUGUAAUCAGAGAUUUUGUGUUGGAGACAAAUUUUUCCUAAAGAAUAACAUGAUCCUUUGCCAGACGGACUACGAGGAAGGUUUAAUGAAGGAAGGUUAUGCACCCCAGGUUCGCUGAUCUAUCAACAUCACACCGUUAAGAAUACAAAGCACUACAUUCUUUUAUCUUUUUUGCUCCACAUGUACAUAAGAAUUGACACAGGAACCUACUGAAUAGCGUAGAUAUAGGAAAGCAGGAUGGUUAUAUGGAAUAAAAGGCGGACUGCAUCUGUAUGUAGUGAAAUUGCCCCCGUUCAGAGUUGAAUGUUUAUUAUUAAAGAAAAAAGUAAUGUACAUAUUGCUGGAUUUUUUUGCUUGCUAUUUGUUUUUGUGUCACUUGGCAUGAGAUGUUUAUUUUGGACUAUUGUAUAUAAUGUAUUGUAAUAUUUGAAGCACAAAUGUAAUACAGUUUUAUUGUGUUACCAUUUGUGUUCUGUUGUUCUUUGUAUUGUUGCAGUUAGUACAAUCAGUGUUUAAACUUACUGUAUAUUUAUGCUUUCUGUAUCUACCAGCUAUUUUAAAUGAGCUGUAACUUUCUAGUAAAGAACUGAAGAGCAAAUCUCACUAAUGAAACACAUAUAGAUAAAGCAAGUCUAUCAACAAUAAAAAUACUAAAACUACACACACACAACAUUUUAGCAACAUCGACUAUAAUUGCCACUAUGAUUUAGAGUCUAUCAGUCUUCUCAUCACAACCCCCUAUUUUCAGGGGGUUAAAGAUCAGCUUUAAAAAAAGUGCAUAAAAAUUUCAUCUUAAAGCACUUUCAUUUUAUACCAACGUGAAAAGUGCCAUUUUUAGAAUAACUUGAAAGCUUAAAGCUUAACAGUUUUACUUCUACGAUC